AUGCAGGGAAGUGCCUGGGAUCAGGGAACUUGCUGGGAAAAUGUAGUAUUUAUCACUGGCUGUUGUGAGGUAGUUGGGAACAGACAUGUUGGAGCAGCAGCUGUACAUCCCCGAGAAGACUUCCCUGGCAAUGGUGACCAGCCUGUAGAAGGGGAACGGGCAAACAGAGCCGGGGAGCUGUUCUGGGGAGCCAUCAACUCUGCGAAGAGUGUUUGGCCCCGACGCUUGGAUGUCCCAGCUGUAAUCUUUGACUCUGGGUCUGGGUUAUUCAAAGCAGGUAUCACAGGUGAUACAGACCCAAGGUCUGUUCUUACAGCAGUUGUUGGUCACCCAGAAGUCAAAGCUACAAUGCUGGGAGCUGGACAGAAAGAAUGUUACAUUGGAGAAGCAGCUCAGUCCAAAAGAGGGGUCCUGCCUUGGAAUUAUCUGAUUGACCGGGGCAUAGUUACAUGCUGGGGUGGUAUGGAGAGGAUCUGGAGACAGGUCUAUGAGUGUGAGCUGAGACUUAAAGCCAGUGAAAGGCCAGUGCUGCUGACUGAAGCUCCCCUCAAUCCUCUGCAGAACCAGGAAAAAAUGCUGGAGGUCAUGCUCGAAGGCUUCAUGGCGCUGGCUGUGGAUGUUGCAGUCCAGAGCACCACCAAGCAUCGUGAGCAUAUCCAGUCCGACAUCCUAAGGAGCAUGCUGUUAUCAGGCAGCCUGACUCUUUUCCAAGGUUUCAAGGAGAGGCUACUGAAGGAGCUCCAGACGGGAGUUCCCAGCACAAGAUCAUCUCACCAUAAG